CGACGCACCAUUCGUCUGUUCAUGCGCAGUCCAGGCCUAACCUGCAACCUGGCCGCUCGGAACGCGCAUGCGCAGAUGCAUUGCAUCGCUUUCAGUGAUUGGCGGAUGUGAGUGAAGAAGGCUGUUCCCUGGGAAGCUUCUGCGCAUGCUCUAUUCCUAGCCUGCCUUUGAGUCCGGACCCACCCCUGAAAAUUUCCAGUCCGCGGGAGGCAGUAGCAAAGUUGUACAAACCAAACAGGCUUCUUCUUUUCUUUUCAUGAUACGAAAAAGCCGUUAUAUUGGAAAGCUGGAGAUCUCUUUAUCCUCUACUGCUGCAGUUUCUCUCAGACCUGAGAAAAACAAGGCAUUUGCACAGACUGAUAAAAGCCAGGGGUAUUUAGAAUAGGCCCGCAGGCUACCUUGCCAGACGUCGGCCUUACAGAAAGCAACCCCUCAGAGGGUUUUUACUGAGCUCUUGGAUGUUUGUGACAACUUCCCACCAAUCACACUCUGUGGCAGUUCUCAAGUCGGAGGUGUACUGGGAAGCGAAAUAGAGUUAUCCUCUGGGAGAGAAAAGAGAGAAGGGACCGGAAGGGAGAAUAAGGCUUGUAUUAGGCCAAUACAACGUGGAGCUAACAGUCCGCAAGGCUGUGUACUUCAAUAAACAACAUCCACCUAUGUCCAAAUUUGGUUUGCAAACCAAGAGAGCGCAGCGGACUCGCCGUGGAGGCUGCUGGGGAGCGGAGCGGGAGACUGCGCAGCUUUUCCUGGGUACCAUGGUGACGCGUACGGGGCCUGUGGUGGCAAUGGCGGGCAGAUCUAGUUCUUCAUCCCGGACUGGCACCGCGUACCUUCUCUUAGUUCUCUGCGAAGUCUCCUGGGCCCAGAUCUUCUCCUUCCCUUUCCGGCGGCCGGAGACCUGCGAUCUCAGCCAGUACUUUGACAUCUCGUCGCUUUCCUGUGUCCCCUGUGGCGCCAACCAGCGGCGGGAUGCACUAGGAACUUCCUGUGUAUGUCUACCAGGAUAUCAUAUGAUCUCUAAUAAUGGAGGACCUUCCAUUAUUUGUAAAAAGUGUCCCGAAAACAGGAAAGGCGUUACCAAAGAUGGCUGGGACUGCAUUUCUUGCCCUAGUGGUUUAACUGCUGAGGGGAAGUGCCACUGUCCCACUGGCCAUAUAUUAGUGGAAAGAAAUGUUAGUGGGUCUUUGUUAUCCCAAGCAACUUGCGAGCUUUGUGAUGAACAUGAAAACUCGUUUACAAAAGCCAAUGCUUUAGGAACCAGGUGUGUCCGCUGUGAACCAACAUUUGUGAAUACAAGCAGGUCCUGUUCAUGUCCAGAGCCGCACAUUUUAACAGGUGGAUUAUGUUUCAGCAACACCGGGAAUUUUCAUCAACGUGUAAUUUCCACUGCACGCUAUGGAGAGCUUGGCAUGCCAUUAAACUCAGAAUGGUUUGCCAAGUAUUUGCAGGCAACAGCAGCUGCAUGCUGGACUCACGCCAACCUGACAUCUUGCCAGGCUCUCGGAAACAUGUGUGUGAUGAACAUGAACUCCUACGACUCGACCACAUUCGAUGCUUGUCGACUGUUCCAUUACAUCUUUGAAAGCACUGCUGGACUGAUCAGUGUGCAUUCUAUUCCAUUCUGGAGACAGAACCUUCCCUGGCUGUGCUACGGAGACCAGCCAGGCUUGGCUCCUCAGGUUCUCAGCACUACCCCUCUUCCUACGAAUUUCAGUUUUAAAGGACAAAACCAGCUGAAGUUUGUUGCUGCUUCCUAUGACAUACGAGGAAACUUCAUCAAAUGGCAAACUUUAGAAGGUGGUGUUUUACAGCUGUGUCCAGACACCGAGAGAAGACAAGAUGCCGCAUAUUCCUUUGGAACAACGUACCAGCAAAAUUGUGAAAUCUCCCUCUCUAAACUCUUGGCUGACUUUCCCAGUCCUGUAUUUUAUGAUGUUUACCUGGAAUAUACGGAUGAAGAGCAGCACCAUUACCUUUGGGCUGUCCCAGUGUUAAACCUAAAUCUUCAACAUAAUAAAAUGUUUGUGAACCAAGACAGCAGCUCCAGCAAGUGGCUUCUGACUCGGCGCAUUUUCUUAGUGGAUGCAGUAAGCGGACGAGAAAAUGACCUAGGAAAUCAGCCAAGAGUAAUUCGAGUCGCUACCCAGAUUUCACUGAGCAUACGCCUUGUACCCAACACAAAAAAUGGAAACAUAUACACUCCCUUACUUACCAUUGCCUACAGUGACAUUGACGUCAAAAGUGCUCAUAGCCAGUCUGUGAAGAUUUCCUUCUCAGUGAAAUAUGAGAUGAAUCAAGGAGAUGCAUUUGUUCAGACAGAUAUUGCUUUGGGUGUGCUGGGGGGGCUGGCUGUGUUAUCAUCUCUUUUGAAGACAGCAGGAUGGAAGAGGCGCAUUGGGAGCCCCAUGAUUGAUUUGCAGACAGUUAUGAAAUUCCUGCUGUACUAUGCUGGUGAUCUGGCCAAUGUGUUUUUUAUCAUCACAGUGGGAACAGGUCUUUAUUGGCUUAUUUUCUUCAAAGCACAGAAGUCUGUCUCUGUCUUGCUGCCGAUGCCAGUUCAGGAAGAACGUUUUGUUACUUAUGUGGGGUGUGCCUUUGCUAUGAAGGCUCUGCAAUUUUUGCAUAAGCUCAUAUCCCAGAUUACCAUAGAUAUAUUCUUUAUUGAUUGGGAACGGCCUAAAGGAAAAGUUCUUAAAGCUGUGGAAGGUGAGGGCGGAGUGCGGAGCGCCACUGUUCCUGUGAGCAUAUGGAGAACGUACUUCGUGGCAAAUGAGUGGAAUGAGAUUCAGACUGUGAGAAAAAUUAAUCCACUCUUUCAAGUGCUCACCACGCUCUUCUUCUUGGAGGUUGUGGGAUUCAAAAACCUGGCGUUAAUGGACCCAUCCUCCAGCCUUUCUAGAAACCCAUCAGACUACAUAGCCCCUUACAGCCGCAUUUUGAGGUAUGCUGUGGCCACUGCUAUCUGGCUGGUGAUUGGAAUAAUACAGGUUGUUUUCUUUGCUGCCUUUUAUGAGAGAUUCAUAGAAGACAAAAUCCGGCAGUUUGUUGAUCUGUGCUCCAUGAGUAACGUGUCAGUGUUCCUACUGUCCCACAGAUGUUUUGGAUAUUACAUCCAUGGGAGGUCAGUCCACGGCCAUGCAGAUACUAACAUGGAAGAAAUGAAUAUGAACCUCAAGCGAGAGGCAGAAAAUUUGUGCAGCCAAAGAGGUUUGGUGCCCAACACAGAUGGGCAGACGUUUCAGAUUGCGGUUUCUAGUCAGAUGAGACAGCACUAUGACAGGAUUCAUGAGACUUUGACCAGGAGAAAUGGCCCUGCCAGACUGCUGAGCUCAUCCGGGAGCACCUUUGAACAAAGCAUAAAGGCGUACCACGCCAUGAACAAGUUCCUCGGCUCUUUCAUUGACCACGUUCAUAAGGAAAUGGAUUACUUUAUAAAAGAUAAGCUGCUUCUUGAAAGAAUCCUCGGGAUGGAAUUCAUGGAGCCCAUGGAAAAGAGCAUCUUCUACAACGAUGAAGGCCAUUCUUUCAGCAGUGUGCUGUAUUAUGGGAACGAGGCCACGCUCCUCAUCUUUGAUCUGUUGUUCUUCUGCGUCGUGGACUUGGCUUGCCAGGACUUUGUUUUAGCAUCUUUCCUCACCUACCUGCAACAAGAGAUUUUUCGAUUUAUCCGAAAUACAGUAGGACAAAAGAAUUUGGCAACCAAAACACUAGUGGAUGAAAGAUUUCUGAUCUAAUCUGUGAUUUCAGAACUUAAGGACUCAGUAUAAUGUGGCCGAGCCAUGAUGUUGCUAUAUUUUUUAAAACUUGUAAUGCAUAUUAUUCUUCCAUUUUUUUUAUCUAAAGAAAGAUUUAUUUUUAUAGCUUGUAAAAUAUGAGAUAUAGUAAAAAAUACUAUUUCCCCAUUAUGCGUUGUAUUUAAUUUACUAAAUAAUACAUUAAGAUGACCAGGAGGCAAACAAACAAACAAACAAGCCCCUCCCAGCCCCACCUCACACCCUCUCAGGUCUGGAUGGCAGGCUAAGCCCAGCCUUGCCAUUGUCUCAGAGCAUGGCCAGCCCGCCUUUCUUCGUGGUUUCAAAUCUAUUUGAUUGUAAGCUCAAAACUACUGUUCUGUUCAGUAUGCACACGUUUUAUUUAUAUUUGCGGUUAAAUAAAUUUUAAAAGGUAUUUUCACAUUUACUUAUAAUUUUUGUUUGCAUUAUUGAUGACUAAUAACUCACCCUGUCGGUGGUCUCCAUUAGACACAGCAUGGUGUGGUACAAAUCCAUGUCCUUUAUUGGUUAUUUUAUUUACAUUUCAAAGAAUCCCCCUUCCCAGUUUCCUCUGAGGUCAUUUACAUUUGUUAAACUGGGUGAUAUUUUUCACAACAUAGGAUUUUUUCCACACAUUUUGACAUUUUAAGUGUAUUCCUCCAAAGUGUUGCUUUUCAAUUAUGACUAAAUAUUAAAAAUAAUAGACCAUAAAUAUAUCAUCUUAUAUUGACCAGUUUAUUCAAAGCAAACUUUGGCUUCAUGAGUCAGUAGAUUAUUUUCUACUAAGGAAACAAAAUGGAUUCAAGAUACAUUUAAAGUAAGUACUGAACCAUAUAGUUAAUCAUUUUCUAUUUCCCCCUCAAUAUACUCUUAAGUUAUUCUUUUCAUGGCAUACCAUAUACUUGGAGGGCCCUGGUGCUACAAAAUGAUUGCCAACCAGCAUGUCUAACUGCUUUCUACAACGAUGCUGUGUAACCACUUAAACGCAGUGCUGUGUACAGACUGUAUAUAUUUGUGAACUGAAAAUAUAUAAUAAAAUAGUUUGCAUUUCUA